AUGGUCUUAAGAAGGGGGGCCAAAGCUCUCAUUCGAAGGGGAUUGACAAUAUUAGCUGAAAGUUGCGGCAAGUCCGAUAAUCGUUCUAAAUCCAUCAGCUCUUCUGAAGUGCCAGCUCGCGGCAUCUUGGAGCGAGAUCUCAAAGCUUCCAGCACUGGUCUCACUGAUGAGCAAACCGGAAGCUGUAGAUUUGGGCUGCAUAAAACUUCACUUCAGGUCAUUUUAGUGGGAUUGUUACUUACCAUAGUAGCACUUUCUACCAGUGUUGUCAAAGAAUUUUCGGGAUCAGACACUCCGCAAUGUCACUCGGUUUAUAUGUACCCAUCAUAUGCCAAAAUUGACGGUUUUGAUCACAGAUAUACUAAGUUGGCCCAAAAGUAUCAUCUUUAUCUUUAUCGCGAGCAGGGCAAAGAUCGCGAGCCACUUGAAAAUGACGCUCUGCAGCUCGACGGCAUUCCUGUACUAUUCAUACCGGGGAAUGCAGGAAGUUUCAAGCAAGCUCGUUCCAUCGCUGCCGCAUGUGCAAAUGUUUAUUUCGACGAACGCUCCUCAAUCGAUAACGACGAUACCAAAAAUCUGGACUUCUUCACUGCCGACUUCAAUGAGGACUUUACUGCUUUUCACGGAAGAACAAUGCUGGAUCAAGCGGAGUACUUGAAUGAUGCGAUUGCUUAUAUCCUUUCUUUGUACCGCUCGAGCCAAAACUACGAGGCUCCCGUUCCCAGCUCGGUCAUUGUGGUGGGACACUCUAUGGGCGGCAUUGUCGCUAGGGUAAUGCCAACCCUAAAAAAUUAUAUCCCAGAAUCGGUUAACUCGUAUAUUACUCUGUCAGCUCCUCAUGCGCUUGCUCCUGUUACAUUUGAUGGCGAUAUGUUAAAAAUAUAUGAGCGUAUUUCAAAGUUUUGGAAGGCACAGUUUGAAGAUUCAGAAAGUUUCUUCUCCAAAAACGUAAGUCUCAUUUCAAUAACAGGCGGCGUUUUGGAUAACAUCCUACCUGCAGACUUUACUACUAUUGAGGAUAUCAUUCCUUACACAAAUGGCUUUACAACAUAUACCACCACCGUUCCGCAUGUUUGGACUCCAAUUGAUCAUUUGGCAAUUGUAUGGUGCGACCAACUAAGGAAUGUUCUCGCGAGGGUUUUACUAGAAUCUGUAAAUGCAAAAAAAGCAAGCAAGACAAAGUUGUUAGAAGAGCGAAUGCGGCUAUAUCGAAAAGCUCUUCUGUCGGGGCUUGAAGGGUAUUCUGUUCUUGGCAAUAGUCUCUACAGAACGGAACCUAAUGCUGGCAAUAGUUUUGAAUUGCAAACUGGUUACGAAAAGGUGAGGAUGAACGAAAAAUUUGUGUUAACUAAAGAAACAGCCAAGUCCCGCUCAAGGUUUAGUGUUAUUUCCAUAGAAAAGGACAGGAAUGACUCGAACUUUGCUCUUUUAACAGAUGAGCCCUCACUUAACAUUAGAUUUUGUCAAAAGAACUCAUCAAGCAAACUUGAAGAGCAAAUAGAAGAAUCAUCGAUAUCAGAAUGGUGGACUCAGUGUACGCGCGUAGACCAAGAACUUUUAAAUGUGCCGAAAUCUUCGAGAAAUAGCAAUUAUCCCUCUGACUCAUCUUGGGGAGGAAAUUCAAGCCCUUUUUUCUUCUUACUCGUGGACACUCCAACUUUAUCGCAAUACGAUCUCAUUGUCAUUGAGACACCAAAUUCAGUUCUGAAUGGAGACACUUUCGUGGUAGCCGAACUAUCGGACGAAGCGUUAAAUACAGCGGUUCAUGAUAAUCCUUUUGGGGUCAUCACCACAGGAUUACUGAAAGCAGAGAGGUCUGUAAAUUCAAAACAUCUUGUUUCAUCCUUUACAUUUACAAAUCUCUACUCAUCCAUUAUAUCUUAUCGAGUAAGAACUGUUGUGUCCGGGGAGAGCAACACAUUUGAGCCAUUCUUCAGACAAUCGAUCGAAAAACCUUUUGAAACCAAGUGGCAUAUCAAUUUAAGGCAAGGUCCGCAGGACAUCAACUUCCAUAACGUAGCCCCCUUUGUUCCAUUGAACUCUACACACGAUAAGUCGCUAAAGCUCACUUUUAUCAACCCUCCUGGUGUAGAGACCAAGAUAAAGGUAGAAGUUAACUGGUCCUUGACGGUCAAGAUGCUGCUUCUAAGAUUUCGCUUAUCUAUUGCUGCUUUCACUAUUGGGUUUGUAUCCUUGACAAUGGCCUACCAGUUUAAAAAUUACCAAUCGACCGGCGAUUUUGUUCCUUUUGACAAUUCCAUUGAUAGGCUCUUGACGAAUCAUUGGAAGGCAAUGUUCAUAUCUACAAGCCUACUGAUACCGUUUACGAACUUACUUGGCUUACAAAAGAACGUCGACGAUGCGCACCUUUUAAGGCAAUUUCUCUCCCCCCUGGGCUACUCUUCCUCAACCAGUGCGCUUUUCCUGGGGACUGAUGAGAUGUUUAUGUGGUGGUUAGGCCCAGUUUUCCUCUUGAUGACAAUUUCAUCAGUUUUUCUGACAUAUCGUCUUAUUGCGACUUUGGAGGCAUUCACUUACUGGGCGGUUGCAAAGGGCGGUCGAUAUUUUAUAUGGUCGUCUGAAAAAUCUGAAAGUCGCUUCUCAAGGACGAAACAAGCUAUUGGUGCCCUCAUCAUUGUCACCAGUGUUAUUUUCUACGUUCCUUAUCAAUUUGCAUUCAUCAUCCUGACUAUAGUUCAGGCUUUCCUUUGCUUGAAGUUAUCAACCUUACGCUCACGGCAUACCAGUAACAACGUCAAGAAUUUCAACAAUUCAAUUCUCAUGUUGAUGAUAUUUCUCGUUCCGAUCAACGUGCCUAUUGUGAUGGUAUUCAUGCGCAACUUUGCGAUCAGGUGGGAAACACCUUUUCAAUCGCAUCACAAUGUCCUUGCCAUUUUGCCUAUUAUUUUGCUUAUCGAAAGUAAUGCUAGGUUCCGGAUGCCGGCAGUUUCACCAACUAAAAGUCUGGUUGGCGUAGCUAUUAUGGGCUGCUUAGUACAUAUGUCCGCUUACAGCUUUAUUUUGGGAACCAGGAAUUUAUAUUGGCUACACCAUCUGUUCAACACAUUGAGUGCUGUGCUUUUUUUGAGGACAUUUGAUUGA